UAACGUAGCGCAGUAUAACAAAAAUGAAAUAACUUUUAAUAUGUAUAUGCGUAUAAAAAAACAAAAAUCAGCCCAUAUCGUAGAGCAACGUGGUACUGGGUUUAAUAAUAAAGGUAAAUAA